UGAUUGGUUACUUAUUUCGGACCCCAAGGCUUAUUCGUUGAUGGUGCUCUUCCUGGAGGGAAUCGCUGGUGGACUUACUUGUACGCGACGUGUGUCGUCUUACUGUGUUUGGGGAUUUUACUGAUUGGUAGCGCGAUGUUUGCCCGCGUGUUGUUCUUCAUCUUGACGGUUGUUGUGGUCGUGAUCGCCUGUGUUUUCGCCAGCUUCUUCUUUCCCGGAUUCCCAGUCCCGGUUCCCAGAGCGAACACAAUUGUGUACAAUUCUUCCGUUCCGUCCAACAAAACCAUCUAUGCGAAUUUCACCGGCCUUAGCUUGGAAACGUUGCGCACUAAUCUGAUGCCAAUGUACGUUGAGGAUUAUAAUACCGGUACAAUGAUGUCCUUUGUGGUAGUAUUCUCUGUGCUGUUCUCUGGAGUUACUGGCAUCAUGAACGGUGCGAACAUGUCUGGCGAGCUGAAAAACCCUGCGCGAUCCAUUCCCCUGGGAACAUUGAGCGCUUGUUUAACUACAUUCCUCGUCUACAUUACUCUGGCAGUCUUCUCUGCAGCCUCCUGCAGCAGAGAACUCCUUCAACAAAACUAUGUUUACAUGGAGGGUAUCAGCUUCUGGCCACCAGUUGUGGUUAUUGGCGUUUUUUCGACUACUCUAUCUGCUGCACUGGGUAAUCUGAUUGGUGCCUCACGAAUUCUCGAAGCGGUUGCUCGGGAUGAACUGUUUGGCCGAAUUCUCCGUCCUGCUGCUUGGACUACCAGCAACGGGAACCCGAUCGUCGCCGUGCUCGUAUCCUGCUUUCUGUCUCAAGUAACUUUGCUCAUUGGUCGACUGAACGCCAUCGCCCCUCUUGUAUCGAUUUUAUUCAUGCUCAGCUAUGCCACUGUCAACCUGGCUUGUAUGCUUCUUGAUACAGCUUCGGCUGCAAACUUCAGACCCACUUUUCGCUACUUCAAUUGGUUCACUGCCUUUCUCGGCAUGGUCGGCUCGUUGAUCAUGUGUCUACUGGUUCAACCAAUCUAUACACUAGUCGCUUUGAUCAUUCUAUCGACCAUGGUGUUUGUUUUGCAUCAACGCCAUCUUGAAUAUUCGUGGGGCAAUAUUGGACAGGCAUUGUUGUUCCAUCAGAUCCGCAAGUACCUGCUCCUACUGGACGCACGAAAAGACCAUGUGAAAUACUGGCGAAUGCAACUGUUGCUAUUGGUGUCGAAUCCGCGUUCCUCGGCUUCGCUGGUCCAGUUCAUGAACAGUGUGAAAAAGGGUGGCUUGUUUGUAAUUGGACACGCGAUCUACGGUGACCCAACGAACUCGUCGUACGGCACUGAUGUUGGCGUGACUCAACGAUGCAAGAUCCUUUCGGAGCGUAAUUCCACACUUCCUGCUAUUCGGCGCUCAAAUCAAUACUAUACCGACUCCACCGAACUGUUGCACGCCAGUGACAGUACCGCCGUAGUCGUAGGGUUGUAUUUCAUUAUCGGCUUCCGUAUUCUUUCAACAGCCAACUCUUCAUCUGAUUUGCUGAAUGGAACACCAUCUACCUACAUCGAUGAAGACAGGUUGGGAGCUAUAUGCGAGUCGCUUGAGGAUGGCGAUUCCAGAAAUCAUCGAAUAACGGUCGACGAGUAUGUCAGUCUCAUUCGAGAGAUUCUUGGAAUGGAGAACAAUGUCGUGUUGGCCCGUCAUUUCGAUAGGGUUAUUUUCGACUACUCCCUGUCCGGACUGGAGAAAAUGCGGCUAUAUUUCCACAGACUUCGACACGGACAUACGGCAUCCACCGAUUCUGGUGUUGCUUCCAGCUUGAAUGCGGGUGUAGCAAAUAUGAGUUAUCAGGACUCGUUCUCCACACAAGUCAGACGCGUCGACAAGUAUCAGUCGUCGUUUUUUGACAUAUGGCCGGUAAAUCUUUUGGAAUUCGUGAACCGCAGCUCAGGCAGCCCCCGUGAUCCGGAGCUCGAUAAAACUGGACUGUUUCUUCUGCAGCUGGCCUGCCUUGUUGCCCGAUCACCGUAUUGGAGAAGUCGUCCGCGUCCUCCAUUGUUACGUGUGUUCUUCCCAAUCAUCCCGGUGAUCGAAGGACCGUCAGAAUCCCAUUUGUUGGCGUCGGUAAAUGCGGCUGCGAAUAUGGCUCAUCUUUGGCUGAAGCUACACGACCUUAGAAUUGUAGCCGAUAUCCAAUUAGUCACACUUGAUUCAGUCCUUCUCCAAAGCGUUUCGGACCCUCUCUAUUGUGUUGAGGCUCUGAAUACCCUGAUCCGUUCCAACUGUCAUCCAGACACUACCGCACUGUUCAUCUAUCUACCGAGGCCACCGGAACACGGGGCACCAAGGGAUGCCGCAGCUGAAUACCUCGCCCAACUUGACCGUUUGACUUUAGAGUUGCCGCCAACGCUCUUAGCCCACGGCCUUCAUGAGGUCACGUCAACAUCGCUGUAG